AUGACCGAGCCCCAAUUCCUUCCACUAAAGCCCGCCGACGAGCCGGAAACUUCCGGCGUUGUUAGCCUGGAAUGCGGCGUCUGCUACGAGGGCGGCGAUCCUGGAAUCAUGGUGGUCACCACAUGCGGUCACAUCUUUUGCGCGAAUUGCAUGUGCAAACUUGUCGAAGUCGCGGCUCAGAAGAGGGGGCGGAGCGUGAAGUGUGCUACUUGUAACAAGCCGCUGAAGGAAAAGGAGAUAAUCCCCAUCCGAGGGCAGAGCGACAUCGAGAAUCCGUGGAAGAACCGUAACUCGUGGCCCCAGCAGAUUGUUCCUCCAUCGAACUACGCAUACUUUCAAGUACCACGCGACUUCUUUUGGAAUAUGAUGGGCAGCUCGAUCGUGUUCGGCUUCCUCGCCUUCGCCCACUGUCUCAUCAUCGGGCACACCGCCUACGCGGGCGAGGUUGACAAGGCGGAACGGGCGGCCUUAUUGGGUCUCUGGGUGAUGGAUGCCGUCCAAUUGAUUUUCGGAUCGCCGCUACCCUUCGGCGGUGAAAUUACCGGAUUAGCGAUCGGGGAGCAGAUGCUGGCGCCCCAAAGAUACUUGCAGAUGCAGGAAGGAAGAAUGUUGCUGAUUGCGUUUCUCAUCCGUUUGGAUCCUGGCAACCUCGAAUGCGGAGUCUGCUAUGAAGACUGCGAUCCGGGAAUCAUGGUCGUCACCACGUGUGGUCAUCUAUUCUGCGCGAGCUGCAUGCGGGGACUUGUCGAAUUUGCGGCCAAGAAGAUGGCCGGGCUGCUGAAAUGCGCCGGGUGUUUGCGGCCGCUUAACUUAAAUGAGAUUAUCCCGCUGCAAGGGCAGAAGGGAGUCAAGAAUCCGUGGCUGAACGCUAAGAAUUUGAAGAUACCCCAGCCCAAGUUUGUGUACUACCAAGCCUCGAAGGAAUUUUUCCACCCGUUGGUAAUCCAAGCCUUCUUCUGCCUCUUGCUCGCCAUCGCUCACUUCGCGAUCGGCGCAUGCACGGUUUGGAAAAAGGAAUCCAGCAUCGCUGCCCAGAUCGGCAUGAUGUUUCUAUGGACGAUGGACUUUGCCCAAAUGGUUGCGAUGGGCUACUAUACCGCUUAUUUUCUUUAUCAGUCGGCGAUGAUGAAUCAUCCGAAUCGC